AUGUGGAUGCUUCGGUUUGACUUCACACUCUACAAAUACCAGACUUCAAUUCCAUCAAUCUCAGUCAAACAUCCCAUGAAGUCUUCCCCGGUGAUCUCUCAUGUUAUCCCGACGGCCAAAAGCCUGGCCACAGUCGGGGCACCUAACAGAGCGACGUACACCAUGCUGUACUUUGAUAUGGCGUAUCAACGAUGGAAGGCUUCCAAACCUCUCGCGGCGUGUACAGCCAUCCCAGAGGCAUUUGAAAUCGCCGUCCGAUUCACUGAGAUAAAAGGAAGACUGUCAGCGAUGAACUGGAAAGAGUGA